AUGCCCGAGGAGGAGCGGAACAAAGUGAUGGUGAACCAUAAGAUGUUUCUGAAGCAGAUGGUCGAAAUGGAGCUGGAGAAGGUAAACAAGCUGGAGAAAGGGAACCGAGAAUUGGAAAUUUGGAUGGCAAUGAACCACUUCAUUGCUGGGAAGCCCCUGAACGACUUGCAGUUCACUGAUUUAAAGGAAAUGAGGAGGAUGAUCGAAGAAAAAUUGAAGGAAUUUGAAGCGAAUAUCAAGAGCUGGAAGGAGGAGCUGGCGAAGAUGAAUCAACUCUUAGGUGCAGAACCUACAGUAGCUGGUGAGAACAUUCAGAACGUCAUGCAGAUGGUUCCAUGGUCCAUGUGGGACGUGCCGACCAAAAGUUCUUGA